UAACUAGUAGAGGAUCCUCAUCCACCAUGGCCACAGCUGCCUCGAAUCCCUACAGCAUUCUCAGUUCCAGCUCCCUCGUCCAUGCGGACUCCGCGGGCAUGCAGCAGGGAAGUCCUUUCCGUAAUCCUCAGAAACUUCUCCAAAGUGACUACUUGCAGGGAGUUCCCAGCAAUGGGCAUCCCCUCGGGCAUCACUGGGUGACCAGUCUGAGCGACGGGGGCCCGUGGUCUUCCACAUUGGCCACCAGCCCCCUGGACCAGCAGGACGUGAAGCCGGGACGCGAAGAUCUGCAACUGGGCGCAAUCAUCCAUCACCGCUCGCCGCAUGUAGCCCACCACUCGCCCCACACUAACCAUCCGAACGCCUGGGGAGCGAGCCCGGCUCCAAACUCGUCCAUCACGUCCAGCGGCCAACCCCUCAAUGUGUACUCGCAGCCAGGCUUCACGGUGAGCGGCAUGCUGGAGCACGGGGGACUCACUCCACCACCAGCUGCUGCCUCCACACAGAGCCUGCAUCCAGUGCUCCGGGAGCCUCCAGACCACGGUGAGCUGGGCUCGCACCACUGCCAGGACCACUCCGAUGAAGAGACUCCCACCUCUGAUGAGUUGGAACAGUUCGCCAAACAAUUCAAACAAAGAAGAAUCAAGUUGGGUUUCACGCAAGCCGACGUGGGGCUGGCAUUGGGCACACUGUAUGGUAACGUGUUCUCGCAGACUACCAUCUGCAGGUUCGAGGCCUUGCAACUGAGCUUCAAGAACAUGUGCAAGCUGAAACCGCUGCUAAAUAAGUGGCUGGAGGAGGCUGAUUCAUCCACAGGAAGCCCGACCAGCAUUGACAAGAUCGCCGCUCAGGGCCGCAAACGGAAGAAGCGAACCUCCAUCGAGGUGAGUGUCAAGGGCGUACUGGAAACGCAUUUCCUCAAGUGUCCCAAGCCUGCAGCGCAGGAGAUCUCCUCGCUGGCAGACAGUCUCCAGUUGGAGAAAGAAGUGGUGCGUGUCUGGUUCUGUAAUAGAAGACAAAAAGAAAAAAGGAUGACUCCGCCAGGGGAUCAGCAGCCACACGAGGUUUAUUCGCACACGGUGAAAACAGACGCAUCCUGCCAUGAUCUCUGACUGGAGGAAGCAAGGAGGUGGCCCGCUGCACUGGGAGCAGUGCUGAUACAAUUCUCUCUUUACCUUCCUUUCAGUAUUACAUUCUUUAUUAUUGCUAUCUCUCUAGCUUGCUAGCUCUUCCUUUCUUUCACUGGGGUUUCUAACUUCUUAUGACUUAUGUUAAGAAAAAAACCAUACACACACGCGCGCGCACACAC